AUGACCCUCUCGGCCCCGAUCCUCAAGCUUACCAAUCGUCUGAUCCGAGAUUUCCUGUGGCACGGUCGUAAAGAGGCUCGCUCCAGCAACUGCCUUGUCAACUGGCCGCUCGUCUGCCGCCCUCUCGAGUUCAGUGGCCCGGGCAUGCGCGACAUCCAGCGCACCGGCAUCUCCCUUCAUACCAUCGGCGACGGCCGCACAUGUUGUUUCUGGACCGAUCACUGGCUUGAUGGCAAAUCCAUUGCCGAACUUGCGCCGAGCCUAGCCGCGCUUGUUCCUCGUCGCCUCCGCGCCAAGUGUCUGGUUCAUGAUGGUCUCCAGAACCGGGCCUGGAUCCAUGAUAUCCGCGGCGCGCUGAAUGUGGUGACCACUGUGGAGUCUUUCGACAGUGUGCAUUCCGUGGAGGAGACAAUUCACAUCGACAACGAAGGUGUCUGUGGCGACUUCGUCAAUGUCAAGAUGAUAUGUUGGUUCGGUCUCUCGGAGGUGCUCAUAGGGAUAAAUUCUCGGUUUCGAAACAUGCAUGCUCGCUGCUUUCUCCUCCUCGUCUUCUUGAGGAUGGCACGUAGUAGUACUAGUGCCGCUCGAGAGCAGAUGGACCGCGCACGAGAUGAUCGCUCCUCAUCCAUCUCUGGCCCCGCUACGCUUAGGCCUCGGCGAAUCGGCACCUCACCUUGUCCAUUUUGCUUUGCUACAGUUUUACUCAAGUUUGAGUUCGAUUUGAUUUUUGCAGGGAGCGCGGCCAUCAGCAGGGGGCAGGCCAGUGCGUCGGUACCUGCACAUCAAGGUGUUACUGCUAGUGCCCUUUGUGAGCAGGCCAACCACGCAUCACUUGUCGCCCCGCCACACCCAUCAGGGAUCGUCAUCAAUAGGGGGCAGCCAAGGGCGCCAUUUCCUGGACAUUCAGGGACAGGAAGUACUAGCAUGACCCGGGGCCAACACAUGUCAUCGUCCUUCGUUUCAAAUUCAUCCAGGCCCUUGUCAGGAAGCACUGCUAUGAUCUUGGGGCAGGAGCUUUCUUCUUUCAUUGCAAAUGCACUCAGGCCCUCAUCAGGUACCAGCAGUACCCCUCUUGGACAGACUGCGCAUGGCUUCUCUACCCAUACCCCGGCACGCCCAUCAGGGUCACGGGUCCUGUGCCAGGGACAGGCCACCAAGAUGGCACCACUUUCUUCGAUACAUCCUUCGUCUGCUGCUGCAAGUGUGAGUAGGGUCACGAACAGGGGCCAGACCAGGCCUUCCAUGUCUUUUUCAGGUAACACCUCCUCGUCCCGAGCAACCGCUCCUCCUCGCACCUCACCAAGAACCAGGGAUCUACUCGCCAACUUCAUCGGCAGUGAUCUCUUAAGCUCUCCAUGGACUCCUCCAAUCCUAGAAAAUGACCCAAGCCUCAGUCUAACCCUUGCGCCCCCAGUUGUGAUAUCAGAGGAGUUGAGUGCUUUGGAGGAAGAGACCUCUGAUGAUACUAAUGGCCAAGUUAUUGCAGGCACCGUCCUCGUCGAGGAACCAGGUGUGCCCAAUUUACUGUCCAAGUUCAUCGAUGGCAGCUUCUUUGAUCGGGAAUGGGUGACAUCAAUACGAGAAAACAACGCUCGUUUGAAUCUGAUACUCGCCACUCCCGAAGAGGAAACAAGAAGCUUCUUGUUGAAAGACUACUCCUCAUGCCCCUCGUGCAAGGCCCGUCCAUCAGCGGUGGUAGAGGCCCCCAUCCGCCACGUUUGCCUCUGUAUUCCAUGCAAAAAAGACUUGGUCCCGAACAGUUGUCGUGCGUGCAACAUUCUGCAUUUUUUCUCAAAUCUCGUGGAUCUUCUAGCUGAAAAGAAGAGGCGUCAGGAGGCAGGGGAUCCACCAAGGGCAGGGACGGAGCUCGCAAAUCUCCGAAGCAGGGUGACAAAAUAAAUAUGGGACAACCCGAUGAUCUUCCCGCAGUACUACCUCCAGAAGCCAUCACCACAGUCGCCUGGUCUGCAUGCGCCGCCGAUGCCAUAUUAUCUCAGAUGCCCGGUGUGCAAGGCGCGCGAUGCCACGUUGCGGCUCAUGCCGGUCCAGCACAUCUGCUUGUACUCAAAGUGCUACAUGGAUGCCCCCCCCCCCCCCCCCCCCCCCCCCCCCCCCCCCC